AUGUUUCCAGUUCAUAUAUAUGCGUUAUCUAUCUAUCUAUCUAUCUAUCUAUCUAUCUAUCUAUCUAUCUAUCUAUCUAUCUAUCUAUCUAUCUAUUUAUUAUCUAUCUAUCUAUCUAUCUAUCUAUCUAUCUAUCUAUCUAUCUAUCUAUCUAUCUCCUUAUAUAUAUAUAUAUAUAUAUAUAUAUAUAUGAAUUUAAAAAGGAUCGUAAUCUAUCUUUUAUCUAACUCAUCUAUCUAUCGAAUGAGCCAAUUCUGUCUAUCACUUGUGACGAAUGCAUAUCGAUCGAUCUAUGUAUCAGUUAUAUCUCAGUUUGCCAAUAAUAUCUAUCUAUCUAUAGAAAAUCAAAUAUAUCUAAAAGCAUCUAUCUAUCUAUCUAUCCUUCCUGCUCAUUUUGGUAAUAUCUAUCUAUCUAUCUAUCUAUCUGUCUAUAUAUCUAUCAAUCUAUAUCUAUCGAUCUAUCUAUCUAUCUAUCUCAGUUUGUUAAUAUCUAUCUAUCUAUAUCUAUCUAUAUCUAUCUAUCUAUCUCAGUCUAUCUAUCUAUCUAUCUAUAUCAUCUAUAUCUACUCUUUUGGUAAUAUCUAUCUAUCUAUCUAUCUAUCUAUCUAUCUAUCUAUCUAUCUCACUCUCUCUAUCAGUCUAUCUAUCUAUCUAUCUAUCUAUCUAUCUCAGUUUUUGUCUAUCUAUAUCAUCUAUAUCUAUCUAUAUAUCUCAUCUGUUAAUAUCUAUCUAUCUAUCGAUCUAUCUAUCUAUCUACUCUGUCUAUCAAUGUAUCUAGUCUGUUAUAUAUCUCAGUCUGUUAAUAUCUAUCUAUCUAUCUAUCUAUCUAUCUAUCUAUCUAUCUAUCUCACUCUGUCUAUCAAUGUAUCUAUCGAUCUAUGUAUCUAUAUAUCUCAGUUUGGUAAUAUCUAUCUAUCUAUCUAUCUAUCUAUCUAUCUAUCUCUCUAUCAUCUAUCUAUCUAUCUAUCUAUCUAUCUCAGUUUGUUAAUAUCUAUCUAUCUAUCUAUCUAUCAUCUGUUAAUAUCUAUCUAUCUAUCUAUCUAUCUAUCUAUCUAUCUCACUCUGUCUAUCAAUGUAUCUAUCGAUCUAUGUAUCUAUAUAUCUCAGUUUGGUAAUAUCUAUCUAUCUAUCUAUCUAUCUAUCUAUCUAUCUCACUCUCUCUAUCAAUCUAUCUCAUCUAUCGAUCUAUCAUCUAUCUAUAUAUCUAUCAGUUUGGUAAUAUCUAUCUAUAUAUCCCAUCAUUUAAUAUCUAUCUAUCUAUCUAUCUAUCUAUCUCAUCUUUUAUUAUCUAUCUAUCUAUUCAUCUAUCUAUCUAUCUAUCUCAUUAAUAUCUAUCUAUCUAUCUAUCUAUCUAUCUAUCUAUCUAUCUAUAUAUCUCAAUCUGUUAAUAUCUAUCUAUCUAUCUAUCUAUCUAUCUAUCUAUCUCACUAUGUUCAUAUCUUUCUACCUAUCUUUCUCUGUCUGUCUGUUUGUCUCUAUAAUUUUUUUUUAUCCCUGGAUUCGCUGAAUUUGUCUUUAUUAAUUUCUGUCCUCUUGACUCGCUUAAAACAUCCCUGCAUCGAGACAGUCGUUUUCUUUUUGACACUCCCGAGAGUGAUGCACAAACCUAACACCGUGAAAUCUUUUUACAAGUUUUACAAGAAGUUAAAAAUUUGA